UUUUGCGUAAGUGAGGUAAAUGGUGAACAACACAAGCCUUUCCCCAUUAACCCGAAGCUACACAAACCAUCAGUAAAUUAGAGAAUUAGAGCCAAGUACUCGCGUGCGUGUUGCUGACUCAGGCGAGCGCUUCACCCCCCCCCCCUCUCUCUCUCUCUCUCUCUCUCUCUCUCUCUCUCUCUCUUUAUUUUUUUGCCAAUAAGACUUUGUUGUAGCGUCAGACGUCAUUAAUGUGGUCUGGAUAUUGGAGCGCAGAGCUCUUCUUCUCUCGGCCACAGGGGUUAAUUGCGUCCCUUCGCCACUGUCAACUUGUGUUUUCCUAUUCCAACGCAGUCAGCCGUCUGCUUGCGAUCAGGGCCAGCCAGGUCGAGACUCGCGCUUUUAUGAAUGACUAGCGAGGCGGGGGGAUGCCAGUUAGCGAGACCGGGCUCCACUGGGACCAGCCGCCGAUGAGAGCGAUUAACGGCGGAGCGGAGCCGUGGCUCACUGCGGAAAACGGCAAGCCUGACUGCCGCAGACUGGCGUGUAAGCGCACCGUGAGCGGGACACGCUCCACAGCGUAGAGCAACAACGGCACCGUGACCGACCACAAUGUCCAUUCACAUUGUGGCUCUGGGGAGCGAGUGCCCCGGUGGCGUUGGGCCAGGGGAGGAGAUUAUGGGCCAGGGUCAGCUGCAGGGAGGGCUGCUGUGGAGCUACUUGGGCCAUGGGGCGCUGGUGGGCCCCAGUGAACUGGAGAGCACCUUGCAUAACCCAGCCUUCAUGGAAUACACCUCACGCGUUUUUGGUGAUGUCACCAUUGUGGUCCAAGAUUGUCCCAGCUGGGAUUUGUUGGACAGUGACUGGGCCAGCGUCCGUAAAGUUCUUGAGCAAGCGGACAUUCUGGUCAUCAAGUAUUCAGUGACCGACAAGCUGGCUUUCCAGCAAGUCAGGAAUGGAUAUGCCCCGAGACUGCGCCCACUUUUGAGGCACUGGGGCGUGCCUGUCAUCUUGGUGGCAGUUGGAGCGAGGCUAAACGACGAGGGCCCUCCGUGUACGUGUCCGCUUUGCGCGUCUGACUGGAGCAGCUGCGUGCCUCACAGUGAAGGUCUGCAGCUGUCCCGGGACCUCGGGGCCACCUACCUGGAGUUACCCUCACUUAACCAUGUGUUCGUGGGUCGCUACUUUGGCAGCGUGCUGGAGUACUUCAUGAUUCAGUGUCUGAAACACAAAGCCAAAGAGAAGCCAGAAAAGAGACGAGGAAAUAAAGUCAAUGAGCUUCGUCCGCCUCACUUGGAACAACCAGCUCGUCUUCCUCCAAUUCGCGUGGAGGAGUCGAGCUUCUCCCAAGACAUGCAGUGGUUGUUGGAACGCGGCGUGCAGUUUGCCGACGUGGCCUUCUAUGCCGGGGACUCCGGGAAAGAACUGGGAUGGGCUCACGCAUCCGUGCUUUGCGCUGUCAGCCCGUAUUUCCGACAGCUUCUCCUGGGGCCCAAGACCAGGGAGCGGCCGCAGUCACGGUGUAUCUGCAGGGAGAGGGACGGAGCCCCUCACUCGUUAGUCUCUACCUGGGAUGGAGGAAUAAUUGAUGACAUGCCUCGAUCUGAGGGACACCUGGCUGGUCGCCUCUCUCGUCUGGUGGUGAAGGAUCCUCUCCUGUGUAUGUGCUUAUGGGAGACGCUCAUGUUCAUUUACAGAGGAGCGUGGGAGUGGGAGCACCUUCAGGAGGCCUUGGAAGAGAAGCUGAAGAACUCGCUCGCCGUGGCUCAGCUCAUGGAGCGCAUACGAUCGCUGAUUGGCCGAGAAAGGGGGACCCGAGACACCCCAAGCGCACGCGCAGCCCAGUUGGGCCCCCAGACUCUCGUCAACCUCUUCAAUUCCCCUCUAUAUUCGGAUGUCAUCUUCAUGGUGCAGGGGAGUGUAUUGCCGGCACACCGAGCAGUGCUGGUAGCACGCUGUGACGUCAUGGCGGCCAUGUUUAGCGGGAAAUACGCGGAGGCCCGGAGUCGGGUGGUACCCAUCCAUGGGGUCUCGUCGGACACUUUCCUGUCCUUCCUGGAGUACCUCUACACUGACUCUUGUUGUCCCGCCAGCGUGCUGCAGGCCAUGGCCGUGUUGGUGUGUGCGGAGAUGUAUCAGGUGAAACGGCUGCAGCAUCUGUGCGAGGUGUGCGUAUGUGCUUACCUGCAGAGCAUGCCCAGCAGGGAGCUGGCGUCAACUGGCAUCAGCGUGAUUCGGCUCCUCCGACGGGCAAAGUGUCACAAUGCCGAGCAGCUCUACGUGUGGCUCCUCCACUUCAUUGCCAACAACUAUCUGAUCUUCAGUCACAAACCUGACUUCCUGGAGCUCUCAGGUUAGUGUGCAUUGUCAUUUCAUUUUUAAAAUGAUGAGUAAACCUACAUCAUUUCUUAGUCCCUAUUAUCUCUGGCCAGGCAAAUACAUUGGGAACAAUGCACAUUUCCUUUAAAAUUUUAAAACAAGCAGACCUACCUAGCAAUCUUGAAAAGUGUGCUUUGAAAAUUAAUUUUGAAUAAUGGUUGACACUCCGUCACCCAUUGCGCAAUUUGCACGACUAUUUUGCCGUGAUUAACCCGAGAAUAGAAGAAUACAGACAUCACUGGAAGCCUUCAUUAGGUUUUGUGAAUCUCAGA